GGAUUUGCCAGCUGGAGGCAGAGUCGGUCGGAGCUCAGUUGGUAUCACCGCCCCGCCAGCUUCCACACCGCAUCACGCCCUGAGUGGAAUGGAUGACCAGGACAAGAAAGAAAAUGGGGAGUACAUCGGAGAGAUUAAAGGUGGGAUGCGGCCUUCAAUGAAACUGGUCGUCAUGGGAAUUGUUGAUAAAAAGCCCAAAAGCAUUGAGGUGACUCUGUCCUGCAAGCCUCAAGGGGAAGACGCAGAAGCGGACGUGGGCCUACAACUAAAGGUCACCUUCAUGGAUAAGGCCGUCCAACGUAACGCCCGCUUGGCUGGAAAAUGGGGUCCAUGUGAAAACACCCUCUCCUUCUUUCCCUUUGCACCUGGAGAAGCGUUCAAGAUGGAGAUCGUCUGUGAACACCAGCAGUUUCGUAUCCUGGUGGACGGCCAGCCUCUGUGUGGCUUCACCCACCGGGUCUCCAAGCUCGCCUCCCUCACCGCCUUAAGAGUCUUUGGGGACCUACAGCUCACCAAGGUUGCCUAGCACCAGGCUCUCACUGACAGGAAGCUGAACUGAGGGCCUGCUCUACCCGGGGAUGGUACCACCAUUAGAUUAGAACUUAUUUUUGAGUCGCCAUCAUCAGGAAUGUUUUGGUGUUUUUAUUUCGCCAACAAAGUUGCACCAGCCUCGUAAUCCUACGUUGAGACAAAGUGCCUUCGCUAAGAUUACCUGACUGGGGAUUUGAAGAUGCUGAAUGAAAGAGGCAGCAAUCACAUGUCUUAAAAAAAAAAAAACCAGGAAUGUUAUUUUGAAUUGUUUUGAAUCAUUAGGAGCGAGAUCUAAGGUCUGCUCUUUGAAUGAGAAAAAUAGCUGCAUAAAAAAAGGGGGGGGGGUUCAGAAUCCUAUCUAAGACGUUUCUGGAAUGAACCUUUGAAAGCUCUUGUCAAGUGAAAAAACAUUGUAAAGUUUGUGAUUUUGUGCCCAGUUAAAUACGGCAACAGGUGUGAUAGUGUGAAAACAACUUAGAUUGGCUUUAUUAGCGCAUGUCCUCAAAGAAGCAGCACUGUAUGUUGAUUACUCUGUUUCAAAAGGUUUCAUUAUUUCACACACAGUAGCAUUUAAAAUAAAUGCCACAUGUUUAAAAAAAGGAAGAAAAAACUUGAAAUGCUCCCAACAGCUUUUGGUUCCGUAUAUGCAUGCAAUGAAACUGCCAUGAUUUCUAUUCCAGAUUCAAAACGUAUCAAAUUUGUUAUCCAGCUGCAUAAAAAUGUUUCAGUUGUUAAUGGAUGAAGGUUUAGAGAUCAAGCCAGUGGGUUUUUUGGUACCAUUCUUGUUGAAAGACGAUCUGUUUUUAAACAGAAUGUAGGAACUAUAGAAGAGGGUUAGGGCCAUUAAAAAC